GAAUACCAGAACAGGAUAUGCUUUACUCUCAGUUUCACGGCAGCAGCAACAGCAGCAGCAGCAGCGGCAGGAGCAGCCGUGAGGACGACACACUGCAGCCAAGAUGAGUGCUGGGGAUGUGGUCUGUAAAGGCUGGCUCAUUAAAUCCCCUCCGGAGAAGAAACUGAAGAGAUUUGCAUGGAGGAAACGUUGGUUUGUGCUUCGAAGAGGUCGCAUGAGCGGUGAUCCAGAUGUGCUGGAAUACUAUCAGAGCAAUAACUCCAAAAAGCCAAUCCGCACCAUUGACCUGAAAGAGUGCGUGGUGGAAAUGCUGGAAGGGCAACUGCGGAUAAAGAGGGACUUUCACGGAAAGCACCUCUUCGUGGUAAAAACCUCAUCUCGUGUUUUUUACCUGGUGGCCAAAACCGAGGAGGAGAUGAACAGCUGGAUCAGCAGCAUUAGUCAGAUUUGCCAGUUUGGGAGCCUGGAGGAUGCAGAGAGCUCAGAGGAAAGCUUUCCUCACACUCCCACCUCCCUUCAGCUGUCACCUGACAGCUCUGAUAUAGCAUCUGUAGAAAGCCAACAAGAUUCCAGCUAUCCACCGGACUACCUCUUUCUCUCCCAGUGUGAGACGGGGAGUGUGAUCACUAGUCGACACAACAGCUUUUCAAACUCCGAGAUCUCUCUGGAGCAGAAGUCAUCAGACGAUGCCGUCAAGGACAUCUGCACCGAAUCUUCUUUAUCCUCAAUCUCCCACACUAGUCCCAGUCCAUCUCUUUUCCCCCAUGGGAGGCUAAGCAACCCUCCAUUCAGCGCUCCAUGCACCUCCAUAGCUUUGCCCUCAUCGUCUUCCUCUCCACUACAUCACUGCGCCACAAGUGUCUUCCAGUUCGACAAACCACAUUCUCCCGCGAUGUUUGAGGCGACGGGUGAUAAACUAACACCCCCUCCACUGCCACCCAAGCCUAAUCACCUGUCAGAGUACGCAAGCGACGAAGGCCUUCAAAGGACGAGGGCAAUGAGUGCGCACCAUUUCUCGAGCAAUGCUGGAUUUUUUCCACGGAGGACCUCUUUGUCGAGCCUGGACCAUUUCAAAUUGGGAAAUGCCGAGAGCAAAUUUAUGCAGAUAAGGAGACAAAGUAUUAAUUUGCCUUGUUUAAAUAGCACAAAACUUCAAAACUACCAGGAUGAGUCAUAUGUUCCUAUGGCUUCCCCUUCGCCUUCUCCUUCUCUUGCGACCGUGGAGUCUGAUGGUUACAUCCCCAUGAGCCCAAGGACAUUAAGCUUCCUCAAUACAACCUACAGUAUUGAACCGUCUGCAUCUUUCAGCCCACUAAUGAGUCAACUUAGUGCUAUUGCACCACCUCCGAUUCACCGGCAUCUAAAACCUCGCAUAAGGAAAGCUCGACCCCCACCUCUUGAUCUGAGUGGCCUUUCUACAAUCACAGAAUGUCCCACGCAUCUCCCUUUGAGCAGAGCGCUGAUCGACUCAUGCUUUUCAGUGAACCCCUCACCUCUUGAAAGACGACUUGAGAAUGGGGAGAAAUUAAGAGAUGAAGUCACAAGCUCCUCUGCAAUGGAAUCAAGGCAGCAGUUCUUUGAUGGGCCAGUUCAGCCCAGGGCGAGAAGUUCAAAUCUUGACUAUUUGUCACUGGAUUUCAAUUCAGCAACCCCCUCUCCUGUGCUGAAGCAGAAGCCAUUCCUGUCCGAUGAGUACAGAGUGGAUUACGUGCAGGUGGAUGAGAAGAAGACGCAGGCGCUUCAAAACACCAAAAUGGAGUGGACAGACGUUCGCCAGUCGAAGACCUGACACUAUGAAACGAAUUACGAACACACAGUUUCAAGAAGGCCAACAACAGCAAGGAGUACAUAUUGGGGGUGACCAGGUGUACCAUUUUAUGUCCAUAUCAGUUUUUACCCCCCUCCCACGCUGCACAUAUUAAGCUAAUGUCUCACAACCUACACAUGAGUCUCACAAGAAAACCAAAGAUGAGUAUCGAACAGAUACAGACUAACAAUGACAGGUAACAACAGCCUCAAUUGUCACUGGGAAUGAAAAAUGUAACGGUAAGAGCAGAAA